ACAAAAGAAUUUGACAGUCUUCCUUUCUCUCUCUAAAACCUGUCUCUAUACAUCCAUUUAAUCUCUUUUGUUCUUAUUCUACUUUUUUUAUUUUGUCUUUACUUUCAAUUUUAUUAAAUAUAAAAUCAAUUUUUAAUUUUAUUUCUUCGUCUUCCAAGUUUUAAUUCAUUAUUUGAUCUCCUCCCUUUGUUUUUCUUAAUUUAUUUCGACAUUUUAGUGAAUCUGAUUUUGAUAGUGGCGGUGGUCGUGACGGCGGUGAUAGUGGUGGUUUAUGGAUCAAAAUCGAAGAAUGGGAUUAUGUUGUAGGGUUUGAGUUGUGUUAUGUGUGUGUGAGUGAAUGAGAAUAUGGGUUUAGAAUCCGUUGGUGGGUUUUUCUUGGGCAAUAAACCUGAAAAAAACCCGAAUUGGGUUGGGUUUUCUAAUUAAUCGCUGAUCAAUCUUGAUUGUUGAGUUUGGCACCCUAAUUUCGUGUAAUUUAUUUAAUAAAAUUGAGAGAUGAGGCGAUUCUUGGUGGUAGGGGUUUGAUAAUUGGGUUUGUUUUUGUUUUACGGAUUUUCAAUGGAUGAAGCAGUAGUAGGGGCUAAUGAAGCUCAAAAGAUGGAGGCGUCAUCGUCGUCUUCUUCAGUUAGUAGGUGGAAGCCCAAACAGUUAGCAUUUGAAUCCUAUGAGCUCCAUAAUGAAGCUGUGAAAGGGAGCAAGAAGGAAGCUUUUCGGGUUGUUGUUCGAAAACCUUUGGUGGCAAGACUAACCAAAGACAUUAUUGAGACAUAUCAAAUUUGUAAUCCGCAAUUCAAGUUUUCUGAAGAAUUAAAUCCAAAAAGAUAUUUGACCAGCCCAUCAAUUGGAGUAUUGAAUGAUGGAUUUGAUAAUGCAAAUUCUGACCUGAUUCUGAACGUAAAUUUUGUCUUGGUGAAUCUAGAGACACAGAGAAGAUACAUUGUCAAAGAUGUUCUUGGCCAAGGGACUUUUGGCCAGGUUGCCAAAUGCUGGGUUGCAGAAACCAACAGCUUUGUUGCUGUGAAGAUAAUCAAAAAUCAACCAGCUUACCAUCAGCAAGCUUUGGUUGAAGUAUCUAUUUUGGCAGCAUUAAACAAGAAGUAUGAUCCUGAAGAUAAGCAUCACAUUGUCAGAAUUUAUGAUUCUUUUGUAUUUCGGCGGCAUUUGUGCAUUUGCUUUGAACUGCUUGACACAAAUUUGUAUGAAUUAAUCAAGAUAAAUCAAUUCAGGGGGCUAUCCUUGAGCAUUGUCCAAUUGUUCUCUAAACAGAUUUUACGUGGGUUGGCUCUGUUAAAAGAUGCUGGGAUUAUUCAUUGUGAUUUGAAGCCAGAAAACAUUCUGCUAUGCACAAGUAUGAAGCCGGCAGCAAUUAAAAUAAUCGACUUUGGAUCAGCAUGCAUGGAGGAUCGUACGGUUUAUUCCUAUAUUCAGAGUCGUUACUACAGAUCUCCUGAAGUCCUCCUUGGAUAUCAAUAUACAACAGCCAUUGACAUGUGGUCCUAUGGCUGCAUAGUUGCAGAAUUGUUUCUAGGCUUGCCACUCUUUCCUGGAGCUUCAGAAUUUGAUCUUUUGAGAAGAAUGGUUGAAAUUCUUGGUGGACAACCCCCUGGUUAUUUACUAAAGGAUGCAAAAAAUACAAGCAAGUUUUUUAAGUGCGUUGGAAGUAUCCACAAUGUAGGAAAUGGUGAAUUUUCCUUGGGGAGCAAAAGUGCUUACCAAGCAUUAACGGUGGAAGAAUAUGAAGCUAGGGAGUCGAAAAAACCAUCUAUUGGGAAGGAGUAUUUCCAUCAUAAGAACCUUGAGGCAAUUGUUACAAACUAUCCUUAUCGGAAGAAUUUACCGCAAGAAGACAUCAUAAAAGAAAGUCAAAUACGGUUAGCAUUGAUUGAUUUCUUGAGAGGGCUUGUUGAAUUUGAUCCUGCAAAAAGGUGGUCGCCUUUUCAGGCUUCAAAACACCCUUUUUUAACAGGCGAACCUUUCACCUGUCCAUACAAGCCUCCUCCAGAGACUCCUCGCAUGCCUGUUGCGCAUAAUUUUAAGGUGGAUCAUCACCCAGGAGGCGGGCAUUGGUUUCCUGCUGGUCUUUCUCCUAACAUUCCGGGCAGAACUAUAGUUUCUCUUCAUAAUAGUCCUCAAUUUCAAGUUGUUCCAUAUGGACAUAGUAAUAGUUAUGGCAGUAUAGGGAGUCACGGUAGUAGCUACAACGAUGGUAUUGGCCUUGGAAGCAGUUAUGGAAGUUAUGGAGAUAGCAGUAAUAUGUUUGCCUAUUAUUCACCAGUUGGUCCAUCUGGGAUGAAUAUGCAUGCACAAGCUGGUCUAUCAAUGCUUGGAAGUAGUCCAGAAGCGAGACGAAGGUUUAUCCCAUAUUCACAUCCAAAUGGAAUUGGUGUGAGUCCCUCGACAGGAAAUUUUGCACCACUCCCUCUUGGCACCAGUCCCUCACAGUUUACUCCACCAACUUCCUACAGUCAAGUGCCUGUUGGUUCACCAGGACACUACGGUCCAACUUCUCCAGCCAGAAGCAGUCACGGGUCACCUUUAGGAAAAAUGGCUGCAGCCACCCAAUUUAAUAGAAGAAAAAAUUGGGGAUACUCUGGAUGUUCCCAGUCUCAAGAAAAUGCACCAGCUUCACAUCGGCAAGGACAAUUUGUUGACGGAUCUAAUUCUGCCCAACCUGAAGGUAAUCCUUCAGUACCUGGAAAUUCACCUUCACACCGACAAUUAAAUACUGGCACUACAAGCUGGAUGCAGCAGCAUGGAAGUAUUGGAACUUCUGCUGGUCAAACUGCGAUUCAGAAUAUGCCAUGCUCCUUUAAGCAUUCUGCAAUACAGUUCUCUCAAAAUGUCGGAUCAACUCUUGAUAAGCCUGAAGCCAGCAUGUCUUUGCCCGAUCCAGGAGAUUGGGAUCCCAAUUACAGUGAUGAACUUCUUCUACAAGAGGAUGGUUCUGAUGUUAGCUCCAUUAGCACCGAUUUCAGCAAAGGCAUGCAUCUUGGUCCUGGUGAUCCAUCAGUUGGUUUUGGAAGAUCGAAUCGGACAUCAAACCAAAGCUCCAGUUUGUUGAUUCCGAGACAAAAUGGAUCUAUACCAGCAUAUACACAUGCAGACGUGGGCAGCCCUCCUGCAGCUCAUGAUUUGCAUUCUGGAUAUGGCCGUUCAAUGUCAAAGCCUACUCAUUUCAUGCCACAUGUCUCACAAAACUCACCAAGCCGUUUAGGACAGCAAUCAGCUCCGCGUUACAACCAUGGGAGACCUGCUGUUCGGGGAAGCGAAUGGAACCCUAUCAAGGUCCAGCCCCCUCAAUCCAGCUUUACUUCUGGGGGUCCGCUUUCUCCGGGAAAUAGUUCACACAAUAAUGGCGUGCAAUGGGGGCGUAGGGCCAAUUAUCCCGGGACAAGCAUACCUCCACCAUCCCGAGGCAGAAAAGACUACGGAAGGAUUGCCUAAUUUUGGAAUCAGCCAUUAUUAUUUUUUAAACGGUGACGGUUUAUGUUUUGAGUGUUGGAAAGAAAUCUGUACUUGAUAUAGUUCACAAGCCUAGUGGGCUGAUGCUAAGAAAAUCCUCACCUAGACAUGUUCAUUCGUUGUGCUUGCAUUAAUAUAAUUCAUGGUUGUAAUUUUUUUCCUCUUUCAAACUUUUCACUUGAAAAUUCAUCUGUUAUUUUCAUUAUGCUUUGAUCUAUUGCCAUUUCUAAUUUUUCUUA